GCUUGUGUGCAGGUGAACGUAGCACAGGUGGAGAGAGGUGAAAUGUGCCUCUCCGUGCUGGGCUCUGGUACUCGGGUCCUCGGCUCCGGUCCUCUCCGUGAUGGCCCCCCGCUGCGUGGGGCGGUGCGCGCUGCUCUUCCUGCUGGCCGUGGUUUUUGAUGCCGCGGGCUUCGUGGUGCUGCUGGUCGGGAUUUUCGGGAAUCUGAACGUCAGCGGCCGGUUCUACGGAGACUUUCUGAUCUACACGGGCUCCGUCAUCAUGUUCCUCAGCCUGGUCUGGUGGGUGCUCUGGUACACCGGGAACGUGCCGCUGGACGCGGAGGAGCGCCGCGGCUCUCUGGACAUCAGCUUCACGCACUGGGCCAGGAAGCUGUCCGAGAGGCUCUCCAAGGGGGGGCUGAAGUCUGUGGAGACCGGGGAGGGGAUGAAGAAGAGUUCGGGGAGCAUGAAGGACACGAACGGGACAGUAAGAGCUUCAGGACCAGCUCGGAUCAGCUGGGAGGACGGCAGAGGCAGUGUCCGAGCCGUGUCGGGUCACUGCAACUCCGGCUUUGAAGGAUGGACUGAGGAGAAGAACGUGGAGCUGGGAGUCCUGAGGACCUCAGACGUGACCCUGCAGGCAGACCGAGCAGAGAGACUCCUCUGACAGAGCACGUGUCUUCGGGGGCUGGAGGAUGGCGUCCCUCCUCGUGCUGCUUCCUAAAACUCCAACAGACUGAAAGCUGAAGUCACUUUGUAUGUUGUAAAUGAAGAAGACGUUUCUAAAUCAGGGAAAAGCCCUCCAUCACACAGACGGGCUGUGCACAAACAAAAGAAGGUCUUUCACAUGUACAUAGUAAAUUUCUAUUUUUAUCUGCUGUUUUUGAUGUAAAUUAUUUUAUAUGGGAAUAAAGU